CUCGACCCCCGCCGCGCGGCCGGCCCCCUGCCUCCAUCUGGCUGUCCCUCCUUCCCCUCUCUUCGCACCCAUACCUCUUUGUACCGCACCCCCCGGGACCCCUGCACCCCUCCCCUCUCCCCCGGCCGCAUGGACCGUCCCGCAGGCCGCUGAUGCUGCCCGCAGCGAAGUGGCCUGGACCACAGUGCCCGGUGAGAGCUCUCAUGGUACCAAGUGACAGAUCAGCUUUCCUGUGACACGGGGACGCCGAAUCUUCUGAGACGAUGUCAGCAAUACAGGCCGCCUGGCCAUCUGGUACAGAAUGUAUUGCCAAGUACAACUUUCAUGGCACUGCUGAGCAGGACCUUCCCUUCUGCAAGGGAGACGUGCUCACCAUUGUGGCCGUCACCAAGGACCCCAACUGGUACAAAGCCAAGAACAAGGUGGGCCGUGAGGGCAUCAUCCCAGCCAACUACGUCCAGAAGCGGGAGGGCGUGAAAGCUGGCACCAAACUCAGCCUCAUGCCCUGGUUCCAUGGCAAGAUCACACGGGAGCAGGCAGAGCGACUUCUGUGCCCUCCAGAGACAGGCCUGUUCCUGGUGCGAGAGAGCACCAACUACCCCGGUGACUACACGCUGUGUGUGAGCUGCGAUGGCAAGGUGGAGCACUACCGCAUCAUGUACCAUGCCAGCAAGCUCAGCAUCGACGAGGAGGUGUAUUUUGAGAACCUCAUGCAGCUGGUAGAGCACUACACCUCAGACGCAGACGGACUCUGCACUCGGCUCAUCAAGCCAAAGGUCAUGGAGGGCACAGUGGCAGCCCAGGAUGAGUUCUUUCGCAGCGGCUGGGCGCUGAAUAUGAAGGACCUGAAGCUGCUGCAGACCAUUGGGAAGGGGGAGUUUGGAGAUGUGAUGCUAGGCGAUUACCGAGGGAACAAAGUCGCUGUCAAGUGCAUUAAGAAUGAUGCCACUGCCCAGGCCUUCCUGGCUGAAGCCUCAGUCAUGACGCAACUUCGGCAUAGCAACCUGGUACAGCUUCUUGGCGUGAUCGUGGAGGAGAAGGGUGGGCUCUACAUCGUCACCGAGUACAUGGCCAAGGGGAGCCUGGUGGACUAUCUACGGUCACGGGGUCGGUCGGUGCUAGGCGGAGACUGUCUCCUCAAGUUCUCACUAGACGUCUGCGAGGCUAUGGAAUACCUGGAAGGCAACAAUUUUGUGCACCGUGACCUGGCUGCUCGUAACGUGCUGGUAUCUGAGGACAAUGUGGCCAAGGUCAGCGAUUUUGGCCUCACAAAGGAGGCCUCUAGCACCCAGGACACAGGCAAGCUGCCAGUCAAGUGGACAGCCCCCGAGGCUCUGAGAGAGAAGAAAUUCUCCACCAAGUCUGAUGUGUGGAGUUUCGGAAUUCUUCUCUGGGAAAUCUACUCCUUUGGGCGAGUGCCUUAUCCAAGAAUUCCCCUGAAGGAUGUCGUCCCUCGGGUGGAGAAGGGCUACAAGAUGGAUGCCCCUGACGGCUGCCCGCUUGCAGUCUACGAGGUCAUGAAGAACUGCUGGCAGCUGGACGCUGCCACGCGGCCCUCCUUCCUGCAGCUCCGCGAGCAGCUCGAGCACAUCAAAACCCAUGAGCUGCACCUGUGACAGCCGGCCUCGCCCAGGUCAUGGGCCUGUGGGGACUGAACCUGAAGAGACUGUGGACCUCGUGCCCCCUUGCUGGGCCCAAGCCUGAGCUGAGCCCAGUGGGCCAGUGGGCCUCUUUCCUCUGUCCCAGCCUGCGCCCUUUCUGGCCCCAUAGGGAUCCCACCUAAGCUUGGCACCUUCUCUCAUGGACCCACCUGUGGGGCUUAGGGAGCCCCACUGAGGGACCAAGAAGGGACGAGGCUGAGGAGCAAGGGGCAGAUGCCCCCAUCAUGGUCAGGCUUCUUCUGGCCUCCCAUCUCCUACCUUCCUAGAGUUUUAUUCCUUUUUUUGAGAUUUUUCUUCUGUGUGUUUAUUUUUUAUUAUUUUUCAAAAUAAGGAGAAAGAAAAUACCCAGGAAAUGGGCAUUUUACAAGAAGUACGAAUCUUAUUUUUUCUGUCCUGCCCACAAGGGUUGGGGAGACCAGGCCCCUCUUCAGGGACCCAUUGCCCCAGCCUUGUACCCCAGUCCAUGUUUCGUGUCGCCUCGGUCGCCCUGUGUUUGCGCUUGAUCAUGUUGCACUGUUUGCAUGCGCCCGAGGCGGACGUCUGUCAGGGGCUUGGAGCUCAUGUGUGCUGCCGCCCGCCUGCCUUGUGAGAUGGAAUCGUAAUAAACCACUCCAUGAGGACACCGCU